UAUAUAAUCUUAAGGCAGAACUGCUGUAAGUUCAGAGUGGGUCACACUGUGCAAGAUACCAGGGAAUCAGGCACGUGGAAACAUGUCUGGAAAACCCAGGCUGCACUACUUCAAUGGACGUGGCCGCAUGGAAUCAAUUCGGUGGCUCCUGGCAGCAGCUGGGGUUGAGUUUGAAGAAUCUUACUUGGAAAAAAAGGAGGAUCUGACAAAGUUACAGAAGGAUGGAUCCCUGCUCUUUCAGCAAGUGCCAAUGGUAGAGAUCGACGGGAUGAAGCUGGUGCAGACCAGAGCCAUUGCCAACUACAUAGCGACCAAGUACAACCUCUACGGGAAGGACAUGAAGGAGAGAGCCCUAAUCGAUAUGUACGUGGAAGGAAUGUUCGAUCUGAAUGAGUUACUAAUGACAUAUGAAAUCCAACCAGCAGACAAAAAGGAGCAGCAUUUUGCAAACAUGAUGGACAAGGCUGAAAACAGAUACUUCCCAGUAUUUGAGAAGGUUUUGAAAGACCAUGGAAAGGACUUUCUGGUUGGCAACCAGCUGAGCAGGGCAGAUGUUCAAUUACUUGAAGUUAUUUUGAUGGUAGAGGAGUGGAAGCCUGAUAUCUUUGUCAAAUUUCCUGUCUUGCAGAGUUUCAAAGCAAGAAUAAGCAAUAUCCCCACAAUAAAGAAAUUCCUGCAGCCUGGCAGCCAGAGGAAACCACCAUCAGAUGACAGUGUUGUAGACAAAGUGAUGAAAAUUUUCUACUCCUGAGCAGCACCCUAAAGCCACAGAAACUCUGUUUCACUGUAUUUGCAGAUAGUAGCAAGGUGAAAUUAAUCAAAAGAAUGGAAAUGUCAAAUUAAUGGAACGAGUGAAAAAAUGUUUUUGAUCUUUCCUUAGCUACAGGGCUGGUUUUAGCCUACUGCAGACACUUCACUGUGAAACUACAUGAGUGUACCAGCAAAGGAAAUAGUUCACUAAAUUUAAGGGGGUAAAUUGGACAACACAUAAUGCCUUGAAUAACUAAAAAACUACCUGAAAUAAAUUCUUACUAUUGAUACUCAAAA